AUGACUGAAGAUUUCAUCGAAAGUGGGCCGUACGAAGAGGUGAGACGUAGUCCUUUGCCGGGUAUGAUAAGAAGAACGAAAGAAGCGGUCAAGACAGCAUCAGAAACGUUGGGCCGCGAAAUCAUAUGGAAGCUGAAUGUAUCAAAUCCAUCGAUACCAAGAUUAUACACACAGCUCAAACUACACAAACCGGGAAGAAAAGUACGCCCGAUAACAUCGAACAACAAUUCACCAAAUGAAAAAUUGGCACAGUGGCUUCUGAGUCAAUUUGAAGCGAUGCCGAUCAAAUUCGAGACAGCGGCAAUCAAGAACACCAUUGAGUUUGUUGAAAAGACAAAAGAUCUCGUCUUGUUGGAAGGUGAAAUGCAGGUGUCUUUCGAUGUCGAGAGCCUAUAUCCAAAUAUUCCAAUUGACGUUACUCUUCAAUUACUAGAACAUUGGCUUCAAAGCAAUCAACUAGAGCAUGAAGUGGUAAGAGAACUAGUACGAUUGACAAAAAUCUGCAUGGACGAAAAUUGGUUCCGGUUCAAUGAUAAAUACUAUCGUCAGAACUUUGGUUGCAGCAUGGGAUCAUCUUUGAGUCCAUUUUUGGCGAAUUUAUUCGUGUCACAUUUCGAGACAACGCUGAAGAAAGAGGGCAUAUUUCCACGUGUGUGGUUAAGAUACGUUGACGAUGUUUAUGCAAUCAUCAAAAAACAUCAAUUGAGGAGCCUGCUUAAACGAUUAAACAACACCAAAUAUCCAACUAUAAAAUUCACACAUGAAGAAGAACAAGAUGGAAAAUUGAACUUUCUCGAUUUGUGUGUAACAAGGAAUGGAUCGAAACUGGAAUAUGAUAUUUAUCGUAAACCAUCAGCUACGGAUAGAUACAUCACUUCCGAUUCACAUCAUCCAUUCGAGCAUAAAAUCGCGAGUUUUCAUUCAAUGUUGUUUAGAGCUGUGAACGUACCACUCAAGGAAGAGAGAUUCAAUACAGAAAUUCAACGAAUCAAACAAAUUGCUAACCAUUAA